AUGGUUUUUGAAAAGACCUUAGAAGAUCUUAUUAAAGGUCUGAGACAGCACAGAGGCGAUGAAGAAAGCUUCAUCGCUUCUGCCGUCUCCGAAUGUCGAAAGGAAGUGCAGUCGAAAGAAAUGGUCGUUAAAGCUGAAGCAAUUGCAAAAUUGACUUAUUUAGAAAUGUUUGGAAUCGAUAUCAGCUGGGCUAGUUUUCAUGUCAUUGAAGUAAUGUCGAGCUCGAAACUCAGUUUAAAGCGGAAAGGAUACUUGGCAGCUAUCCAAUCUUUUAAAUCAAACACGGAUGUGCUAAUGUUGGCGACAAAUCUGAUUAAAAAGGAUAUGAUGAGCGCCAAUACCACUGAAAUUGCUAUUGCGAUUAACGGUCUCUCUCAUUUGGCAAACAUCAGUCUUUCGCGAGAUCUGUACCAGGAUGUUCUUAUGCUCUUAAGUCAUUCUGUCCCAUAUAUCCGUAAACGAGCAAUUAUUGUGCUAUACAAGAUCUGCAUUCAGUAUCCAGAGGCUCUUAAAACAUGUUUUCCAAAGUUGCGGAGCAAAUUAGACGACCCGGACCCGUCCGUGGUGAAUGCUGCCGUCAGUGUUAUAUGUGAGUUGGCUCGCAAACAGCCCAAAAGCUAUUUGGAAACUGCUCCAGAAAUGUUUCACCUUCUAACGAACUCUUCCAACAAUUGGAUGCUCAUAAAACUUAUAAAACUGUUUUGUUCAUUGACACCUUAUGAACCUAGGCUCAUUAAGAAGCUCACUCCUCCAUUGACGGAGCUUAUUCAAACGAGCACAGCCGUUUCCCUUUUGUAUGAGUGUAUUCACACUGUUGUUAGCGGCGGAAUGCUAACCGGACAUUCUCACGCCGAUGAACUCGCGCAUUUGUGUGUGGAUAAGCUUAAGGGUUUUUUUGAAGACACAGAUCAAAACUUAAAGUAUCUUGGUCUGUUAACUUUCAAAAAAAUUGCUGAGUCUCAUCGGGACUUAGUCGUACAGCAUAUGAGUCUGUUCUUGAAAUGCUUGAUCGACCCUGAUGUUUCCCUGCGUUUUCGAGCACUUGAUCUCGUAUCGGACAUUGUUGACAAGGACAGUAUCAAAAGUAUAGUGAAGACCCUGAUGCUUCAACUCAUCGUCAAUUCCGACUACACAACCGAAAACUUCCGCCAGGUGUCGGCUAUGUCUAUUAUUCAAAUGACAUCAAAAUCAAAUUACGCCAACAUAACCGACUUUGAAUGGCUCUUAAGUGUUUAUAUUGAUUUGGCUCGUGUUCCCAACAUCGCUGUUGAAAAAGAGCUCAAUCAUCAAAUUUUGGAUCUCUGUGUUCGAGUAAAAGCACUUCGUCCUUUUGCUGCGGAAUUGUUUUCCCGUGUGAUUACUGAACCUGUUUUCGUGGACAAGCAGACCGAAAGUAUCGAACCAAAAUCGAACAUCUUGCGUGCUGUUGUUUGGUGUUUGGGUGAAUAUGCUGAAUUUCUCCCUGAUGCAAUUGCCGUCGUGGAGGCUUUGAUUCGGCCUGUUUUCUAUACAUACCCACCUGAGGUUCAGUCAGUUUUACUGUGGGCUUUACCAAAGGUUUACAUACAAAAGUUCCGUGAACUUGUUAAUUCGUGGGAUUCAGAGAAGUUAACCGUUUUAUCGAUGUGGGCAGAGGAAAUCCAACUUUUUGCUAAACACUUGAUGUCUGUCCAUCACAUUGAAGUUAAAACAAGGGCAGCGGAGAUUUAUUACAUAUUCACCCAGCUUUUGGACGUUUUUAAACCAUCAGAUGCAAAUGCAACCCUCGAGCUUUUAAAUCAACCACCUUAUAUUUUACAGAACACAUUGCCCGUGCUUUUCACACAUGCUCCUUUGAAUCCCGUAGCGUUUAAAGCUCAAGGAAAAGUCCAGACUCCUGAAGGAUUGGACUUAAAUGUCCAGAUCAACGCAGAGCUUGUUGUUCCGGAAGAGUUAAAGAAGAAGGAUGUUUGGGCAUAUGUUUCGGCUCUGGAUGGAACGAAUGACGUGUCCUCGCGCUCUUUCGAGCUGAGCAAACUUGACUCAUUUCAGAGCUCGGUGUCAGGCCAUGACAGGAAGAGUCCCUUUUAUCUUGGUAAUGAUCGAAGCUCGGCGGAAAACUUAAUCAUAACUGAUGAACCUUCUAAAAACGAGAAUGGCAUUUCUGUAAAUAAUGAUGAAGAGAUGGUUUCACAAAUGAGUACGAUAAAAACUGGUUAUUCAUAUCCCAUUACUGGCCCUGUUGAAAUUGCACAAGACGAGUUGCCGGAAGGUGUCGUUUUAUCUGAUACUGAUGCGGAACAUACUUCAGUGCCUCUCAACGCGAAAGAAGUACCAUUAAUUUCGUUCGAUGAAACCUUACGGGAGCCAAACACUGACGAUUCCUUGAUAAAGAAAGUCACAAAGGUCAAGAAAUCAAAGAAGAAGGGCCAUCGUGUCGUUUUAGACGGAGAAACAAAGGUAAAGAAGUCUAGCAAGAAGAAGAAAUCUUCGAAGAAGAAGUCGACGUUAUGAAUGAAUCAGAUUUAUGUUUAGUUAUAGAGAUUGACAAUUGAAUGAAACGAUGCUAUGCGUCGGUGAGGUUGCAUGGCGUUUCCUUCAAUUAUAGUGUGAGCUUUGAGGAAAUAAUUGUUCGUAAAGUAAAUUCGCCGAGUUACAAUAUCGUAUGUAGCUGAAAAGGUUUUUGAAUUAUAUCCAG